CUCCUGACGUAAUUUGCCACACCGCCCGUGAAAAGAACACACCCACUGUUUACACGGCGCGACGUCGCGGUGAGAGGGGGCUUGUCUGACAAAAUUUUGUUGCUGUUCGGUGGUCAGUUUGCGCUGCGCUUGGGGGUGUAGACGCCGCGCUCGGUUAUAUAUCCGCGACUAGUAAGCACCGUACGCGCGCCUUUGAAACAUCAUGGGAGUUAUUCGAAACGGAGCCAACGGGAAGGACCCCUUCAACGGGACGGCGGCCAGUUACGAUGUCCUUGACGGGUUUAAUAGCCAUGAUGAAGGCGAGGAGCCCGUGCAACUGGUUGUCCACGUUCACCACUCAUCACUUCUGGAGCCGCGACGGCGCGCCGCGCGCCGGUCAAUGCCCGCCUGUGGCGACGUCUUAGGGCUGAGCUCUCGCGGGAAGCACCGUUCUACAAGAAAAGUACGGCGCCUCGACAACGAGCGCUUCCUGCACACCCUUGCCGAAGAAGAUGAGGAUGCCGCGGGACAGUUGAGCAUCGAUGACUUCGUGCACCAGUCGGUCUCCGCCUUCUCCCGGUUGCUCGCUGACCUGGACAACCAUGAGGUCUGGGAUGAAGUGCUCAACUGCAAAGGACAGGCGCCGCCUCUGGUUGAGGAACAAGAGCCCGACGAAAUUGCCGACGAAGAAACCAGCAGCCUUCCCACAUCUGGCGGCUGCUUCCAGAGGCUAGACGCAGCACUGCGGAGCCUGUUGCGGAAGCAGCGUGUCCCCCUAGGCACACUGUGCCUGCUGGAGUCUGAGCUGUGCCUGAGCUUUGAGCGCGAGCCCCUUGGGGAGCAGCGCUACCAGCUGGCCAGCAGCUUCGAUCGCCUUCUGCUACAUGCGCUCUGCCAGUACAUGAGCCUGCUCGCACACAGCUACGACAUGGAGGGCAAGCGCUGGACGAGGGUGCGAAACGGCAGGACCGAGUUUUGCCGACCCCCUGAGUCCCUCUCUGCUUACCUCGAGCGCCAAUGGGCGGCACGCGGCUGGCUGCUGACUGCUUCAAAAAGGCCCGUGUGGUCAUCGGCGUCCUUUAUUGCGCAACCCACCUGUUAGAUUAGCUGAAACCACCUCGUCCUGACACUUGCUGCCAAGUGCGCAUCUCAAAGCUAUUAACAGCUAGAUGGGCUAGUUUGUGAGAACAGUCAAGAGCACCAUAGAUGAAGGUGCCAAUUAGGCCUAGUUGUUUUUAAAUUUCGUGGGACAGUAGUGCCGAAAGAUAGGACGAGUAAAAGAUGCAGCCGACAUGAGCACUCAUGUCGUCUGCAUCGUUUCCUUGUACCAUUUUUCAGUGCUGCCGCUCCAUGGGAAUCACCAUAGGUGUUGCCACACUGCCAGCCAUUUCUGAAAAAGUGGUUUUGCACCUGCCUUCAAAGCGCACAUUUGUUUGGAUUUCGUGAGCGUGGAUGUCAAAAACCACAGAUUUUUUUUGAGCAAGUGGUGCAUUGUGAUGUUAUUGCUGUUGCUUUGUCACAUACUAAAGUCACUUGUAAGGACAUUGCUUUGCAAAUUCAAUUACAUUGGAAUAAUAGAGGUGAAAUGCUAAAAUGUGUGAUGGGUUGAGUUGCAUGCGCUAACUUCAGCAGAUGUGUGUAAUGAAUGCUGCUUGUUUUGUGGGAGGUUGGUGCAUUUUCUCCUUUCUUGUAAGCUCUGAAAAAAAAAAUCGUAUGCAAUACUAGCAUCAAAUUUUAAUCUUUCACCUGCACUUCGUAAACUUGUUCUCCAUGGACUUUUGUGGAGUGUUUAUUGCCCUUUUUUGCACACAGUAGUUGUACUGCACCGUUCACUUCAAACAUGUGCAGGCAUUACCUAGACAUUGUUCACAACAUUCGCUGUAGUCACCAGAAAAACAUGGCUCACAGCUAUUGAGCUGGAAGUGCGAACUCAAUUAGCACUGUUAGUGCUUAGUGUUGCCAUCAUGACUCAUUUGUUUGGGUCAGGGUGUGCGACUGCACACAUUGUUCAUAGUAUGUCAUUCACAAUGUUGUGUGUAGCCACGGAAAAAAUAUGGUGUACAGCUUUUGUGUACACACUGAAAACUUAUUCAGCACUUAAAGUACUCAGUGUUUCAAUCAUGACACCUCUUUAGUUUCACUCACAGUGUUCACUUCAAUUUAGUGCAUGCAUUGAAAAGACAUCAUUCAUAACAUUUGCUCAUAAUCAUAACAAAAAAGUGGUGUACAGCUUUUGUGCAGGCGCUGCAAACAUGUACAGUGCUCCGUGCUGUCAUCAUGACCUGCUUUGUUUGGUUCAGGUGAUUCGCUUGAAGCGAGUUUGCGCACCGUGCAUGCGUUGAUCACUGCAUGCGGUGUAGUCAUGGCAAAAACGUGGUGCACAACUUUCGUGUUGACUCUGCAAACCCAUUCAGCACCUAAAGUGCUCAAUGUUGCCGUCGUGACGCCUGCAUAAGCUGGUUCAGUGCGUUGCAGACAUUCUCAACAUUCACUGUAGUUGUUAGAAAAAUGUGGUGCACAGCUUUUAUGCACGCAGUGCAAGCUUAUUUAGCACUGAAGGAACUGAGCAUUGCCAUUAUGACUUAAUUAAUGAAAAUUGGCACAGCGAAGGCUUGUGGCUCAGUUUCAAUAAUGCAGUUUUCAUGUGGUAAUUAGGUAAAGCAAGGUGAUGCAAUUGGAUGUUUCCAUCACUGUUCUAUCUUUGGUAAAGGAAGAAUACUAUGUUGCUGGGUGUCAUGUAAUAAGUAGGCUAACGUGAUGCUUGCACAAUUUCGUGUCAAACUUUUGUUUGUUGGCAAAGGGAGUUUUAUCAGGCUAGUCAUUACAGAGUCAAGAAAGAGAAAUAGCAUACUGUUCACAAAUGAGGCAAGGUCGAAGCUGCGCACUUACAAAAAACCAGAGCUCUUUCGUUGGGGUCAUGCAAUAAACGGAAAGAGUAAAGAAAAAAAAAAGGUUGGAGGGGGGGUUUCUCCUAAAGCCUCAAGUCUUAUUUUCAAAAUCGUUGACUGCAUGCCUAAACGAGGUUUUUGAGUAAUUUCUUUUGUUAUCGUCAGCUGCUGCUGGUUAUCUAGCAGACUUUAGUCUCUGUGGAAAAAUAAGUGCAUUAACUGUGGCUCUGUUGUGACAUGAUGCUCUGUGUUUUCUUCUGUGUAUCUGGCUGUCUUCACUCUAAUGUCAACCUAGAAUGCACAUUUCUUGCAGUCAGGUAAGAUCCCCUGUAGCAAAUUUCUCUUUGGUUUUAAAGGGAAUGCUUGCUUUUAGCACUGAAAGCACUGCUGUUAGACAAAUUUAGUCAGUUGUCUCUAUGGAAAUGGGGCUACCUGAUUACCGUUAAUGGUACACUUGCAAAACUUUACGCCUAGACAGGUUUAACAUUAGUCACUUACCAUGCACUUAGGGUGCAGUUUUUAUCACUUUUAUAGUAUAUCACUUUUAUAUCACUCAUCACUUUUCCGACAGUGUGCAUUAUGAACUGAGCUCUUUUACAGCUUGAGGCCUUUUACUACUGGCAACAAUGAAAUUCAUUGCAAUGACAGAGCAUGUUUCCCAAUUAAAGGGACACCAAAAGGAUGCACUGAUUCCGUCUUGGUUGUAGAUUACUCUUCCAAUAUUGUCUCAACAUCAUUUUGGUGGGGAAAUAUUGCUUAUUACUAAAGAAAGCAAAAGCUCAACUUUCCCCAUUGCAUUUGGUGCCCACCUCAUCGCAAAGAUGAUCUGGUGUCAUCGAUUUCUGUAUGUUAUCGCAUAUUUUGUCCAUGCAGACAUGACAAUUAUAUAUGCACAGAAGAAGUGCACGAAACUUGCCAGAUUUACUUUUCAUCUUUCAUUGCAGUGUAAUUUAAUAUAUUUUAUCUUUUUUGUCCAUUUAAGAAAGAUUGUUUUGCAGAUGCAAACACUUUUAUUGCUUAUUUCAUAGUGUGGAUCAUGUGUCAUGUGAAAAUUUCAAAUUUUUAUGUGAUUCUUGAAUUCUUUGUUUUUAUUCUUGGCUAUGCUGGUUGCUUGGGGAUGCAGUUUCAAUACAGACUUGAGAAGUUAAGGUUUUUAUAACUUUGCACGAAAGGUAAGGAGGAAUGUGUGUAAUGGUAGGUAGAUGACUGUGCAAUUUUUUUUGCUUUGUUGUUUGUUAUGAUUUUAGGCAUAUUUUUGCUGAUCAGUAUAUAAUUUGUGUCCAUGCGAAGUACUAGAGAUGACAGACGUAGUUAAAUGCAAACGACGUUUCUGUAGCUUGGCCUUUACAUUGUUAUAUAGUGUAUUUCUUUAUAUAAAUAUUACACAUUGUUUUUAUAGUUGUGCUUGCUUACUUUUACCAUUAUGUUCACCUACACUGUGCAUUAGAAAUGAUGUCUUGCAGUCCAUCAUUAAUCAUAGCCUGACGAUCCUAAGAAGUGUACUUCUCAAAUCUGUCAAUUCUCACAGGUGACUUGCGUUUAUUCAAACUCCCAGGCAGUCAAGAUUUUAGUUUAGACUAUGCCUGAACAUUGAAUUGGUUGAAUUUUAAUAAGGUAUGGUUACUCAACCCUAUUGAUACGUUUUUGAAGGGACCGCAGGAAAUAAACGUAACAGCCAGGAAAACAUAACAGUGAGAAAAGCCCAAAUCGCCACAGCAAUGUCAGAAACAGUCCUGAAUGGCUGCCAGUACAGUGAUUAAAUGCCUCGGCACUCGUACUGGGACCAGAGAUGGUGCUUGCACACGUAGGUCACGUACUAUGUUCAAUGACAGUGGCCCCUUUUCACUCCCAAUAUGCUUCACCGCUUCGCACUGCUGUACGCGGCGAAGCUGACUCUAGGAAACCUGCGAAAACGAUAACUGCAGUGCUGAGACUUAUCAGGACUGACGAUCGCAUACUUUCUGCAUUUCGGGGCAGUCUUAACCGCGAGUAUACAUUUAUCGUCUUUGUAUCAACGUGCAAGACCAAAUUUGCCUCUGCGUUACUGAAUUUGCCUGACUGACACAUUCAAAUGCAACGUAAAAUGCGGGAACAUUAUACAAUAGCGAUGCAUGAAAUGAUAACAUAAUACAUGGGAGUCAUUGGGCUUUAUGUUGGGAUUGUGAAAAUGCGAUGUAGCAGCCAGGAAAAAACAGCGAGGAGCGUAUCAUUGGGGUUCCACUCUAUGAAUAGGCACAAAACCUUUUUAUUUCUGUACUGUGUAGUCAUUGUCAGGUUCCAUAGAGAACUGGGAAAAGUGUGCCUGUGCAGUCGUGAAAGCAGCAAAUACACACAGGAGUCAUAGGUUUCAUUCCUGUUAACACAUCAUAGCAGUAAAAAAGCUUGAAUUUUCUGAAAGUCUUGUCUGAAUUUGGGAGCUUGAAAAUGCAUUGAAGGCAUAAUGGGAAGCGAGUCUUCAGAUUUGUUUAAUUAACUGGGACAUUAAAUUAGCUGAGUUGGAAUUGCCAUGUUUCGACCAUGCUCAAAGUGAUUACAAAUCUGGAUGGUGUCAUUUGAUUGCUUUGCAGUGUCUGUACAGAAUUGCUUCUCUAUUGAAUCAUUUUUAAAUGACAGCACUGGGCCAGAGCUGGCUUAAGAUGUUGUGUGCUUUGUUCGCCCGCCAGCUUGUUGUACUGUACUCGAUGCUGUCAUUGUCAGCAUUAAAGUCAUUGCUGAAGAA